AUGAUCGGAUUGACGAUACUCAUCGUUCUCGGCAUCGCCAGUAUACAAAGAGCAUGUGGACAAGUGUCGACUGCCUCUCUCUUCCCAAUUAUUGAUGCCAACGGUGGUUCUCUACAAGGCGAAGUAGUCGGCACAGGCACUGACGGGACGACUUAUGUUCUUUCCGGAUCACCCACCAAUAGUGCACCUCCCGUUACAUUAACGCUUGUACAAGAUGCUUCUCACGUAUCUGAAUUCGCAGCCGAAUCGACUGGUUCUGUCUCUGCUGAGUUUCAUGUCGAAUGUGGUUUCGACUCUGCUUCACAUGGAGUUUGCACUUUGGAACAGAUUCUUGCAAAUGGCGCAAAUGUCACAACAGUUUUCUCGACCGAUUCGGGGACCGUUACGAUCAUCCCUGUGCCCGUAUCAUCGAGUGGGGCGACUGCUACGACUCCGACUUCAACUCAGUCUGCGAAUCCAACUCAAUCCUCUUCUGGCGCCAUGAGCCACUCGGUAAACGGACUUGUAUCAGUACUUCCGAUUUCGUUGCUUUUCGGCCUUGAGUAUUGUUUCUGAACUGGUGUUACGGUUCCUGGUGAUGCCGAUCUCAUAUAUACCUUCGAAUAUGCGGAGGAAAACCGACACGGAU